CCCCUCCCACGAAUAACCAUCCAGUUCUGCACGCAGUGCAAAUGGAUGCUGCGCGCCGCCUACUACGCCCAAGAACUCCUCUCCACAUUCUCCCUUUCCAUAGGCGAAGUCGCCCUCCAGCCCUCCACAGGCGGCGUCUUCAUCGUCACAAUUUACCACCACCAGCCAUCAUCAUCAUCAUCAUCAUCAGGGGCAGAAACAGGAACAACAACAGCAGCACCAGCAACAAUCCAAAGCACAACCCUCUGGGACCGCAAAACAGACGGCGGCUUCCCCGAGACAAAGGACCUCAAGCGCCGCGUCAGGGACGUCAUCGAGCCGGGGCGCGAUCUGGGGCACGUUGAUCGCGAUCAU